AUGGGGCGAACCGGUUUUGUUACUGCAACUACCCUCCAACAAGCGCAUGCGCGUCGAACGAGCAGUCAGCGGAAGUAUUUCAAUGGGACGGAGCAGCAAACUCGCCGGUUAGCGUUCCUCUUUCCGACGCUGCUAUUUGCGCCUCUUGCUCCGCUACUAGUCUGUGGUGACCCCAGCAGCCGAGGCGCCCGCCAACCGAGCCGCCGAGCCGCCCAGCAGCCGAGCCGCCAAGCCGCCCAGCAGCCAAGCCGCCGAGCCGGCCAGCCGCCAAGCAGCCCAGCAGGGGAGCCGCUGAGCUGCCCAGCAGCUGAGCCGCCGAUCCGCCCAGCAGCCGAGCCGCCGAGCCACCGAGCCGCCCAGCAGCCGAGCCGCCGAGCCGCCCUUCCUUCUGGCACGCCCCGGCCCUACUUCCUUGGACUGGUGAGCUCACUCCCUGAUAGACCGCUGCAGUCAUUGCUACCCCCCAGUGUCCUUACCUUUGAUACUGAGGGUCGUGCUGUUGACUUUGAGGUCUGGGUCGAUGACCUCCAGCUGUUCUUACAGUGCGAUAGGGCGGAUGGACUCUCACUGUUCGAUCUCUCCUCUGGUGUCUCUCCUGCCCCGCCUGCUACUUCUGACAGCACUGUUUGCUCACAGUGGGCCACGCGCGAUGCUGCUGCACGUCUUGCUGUGCGUCGCCACUUAUCGACCACUGAGCGUGCGCACUUUAGCCAGUACAAGAGUGCUAAGACCUUGUACGACGCUGUAGUUGCACGCUACUCCUCCCCUGCCACUGCUGCGCUUAGCCGCCUCAUACUGCCGUACCUGUUCCCUGACCUUGGUGCCUUUCCCACAGUCGCUGACCUCAUUACGCACCUUCGCACUAGUGACACUCGCUACUGCGCUGCGCUUCCCGCUGAGUUCUGUGCCAAGAACCCCCCCCCCAUGUACAUCUCCCUCUACUACAUAGUCACCCGGCUCCCUGACUCCCUUCGCUUAGUCAGGGACCACUUCCUCUCAAUUUGCCCCACCACACUCACCGUUGACCUCCUCGAGGAGCGCCUCCUAGCAGCAGAGAAGAGCAUAGUCGCUGUAGGAGCCUCUCGUGGUGACCCUCGCACCCCCGUCUUUGAGGGGUGUUCUCCCUCCCCACUCUUGCCCUCUGUUGCUUCUGCUGCUGCGGCCGACCUCGUUGGUUUCGAGUCGGUCGGUGCUGCGUUUGUCCCUAGCGGGGGAAGCGCCGCACCGGCAAGGGCAAGGGGGGCAAGGGUGCUGGGGGGGCUAGUGGGGGCGGUGGAGGUGGUGGUGGAGGCAGUGGAGGGGGUUGGGGGUGGUGGUGGGAGUGGUGGCGGGGCUGGAGGUGUCGGUGGCAGCACUGGAGGCGGAGGAGACGGCGGGGGUGGCGGAGGGAGCGGAGGCGGUGGCGGUGGCGGAGGCGGCGGAGGUGGCGGAGGCGGUGGAGGUGGCGGUGGAGCUGGUCGCAGCUCUGCGCAAAGGAGUGGCUCUGGUGGUGGUCCGUGCCAGCAGCAGCAGCGCGGUCGUGAGACCCUGUCCUCUCAGCAGCUUCGUGAGUGGUACGCUGGGCGUGAGCGGGGUGGGGGUAUUGGUCCCUGCAACUACGUCCUCCGUACAGGCGACCGCGCUGCUAUCUUUGAUCUUGACUAUGAUGCUAUUCUUGCUGCCAUGUAUGCUGUGUCUACUAGUGAUGAGGGUGUCUGUUACAUGUGUGUUCCUGUCCUUACCUUUGAUACUGAGGGUCGUGCUGUUGACUUUGAGGUCUGGGUCGAUGACCUCCAGCUGUUCUUACAGUGCGAUAGGGCGGAUGGACUCUCACUGUUCGAUCUCUCCUCUGGUGUCUCUCCUGCCCCGCCUGCUACUUCUGACAGCACUGUUUGCUCACAGUGGGCCACGCGCGAUGCUGCUGCACGUCUUGCUGUGCGUCGCCACUUAUCGACCACUGAGCAUGCGCACUUUAGCCAGUACAAGAGUGCUAAGACCUUGUACGACGCUGUAGCUGCACGCUACUCCUCCCCUGCCACUGCUGCGCUUAGCCGCCUCAUACUGCCGUACCUGUUCCCUGACCUUGGUGCCUUUCCCACAGUCGCUGACCUCAUUACGCACCUUCGCACUAGUGACACUCGCUACUGCGCUGCGCUUCCCGCUGAGUUCUGUGCCAAGAACCCCCCCCCCAUGUACAUCUCCCUCUACUACAUAGUCACCCGGCUCCCUGACUCCCUUCGCUUAGUCAGGGACCACUUCCUCUCAAUUUGCCCCACCACACUCACCGUUGACCUCCUCGAGGAGCGCCUCCUAGCAGCAGAGAAGAGCAUAGUCGCUGUAGGAGCCUCUCGUGGUGACCCUCGCACCCCCGUCUUUGAGGGGUGUUCUCCCUCCCCACCCGUACAGGCGACCGCGCUGGUGAGCAGUGCGGGGGCACGCACUCCACCCAGCGGUGCUUCGGCCGCCUGA